AUGUCAUCCGUCAUGCAUUACUAUCCAGUGCACCAGGCCAAGGUGGGCCCCUACACAGCUGGUCCUUCGGAGGUGAAAUACAGUGAUUUGCUCUACGGCCAUCAUCACGCUGUGAACCCUCUCGGCCUGCCUCCCAACUACAACCAGAUGAACUCCAACCCCACCACCCUCAACGACCACUGCUCCCCGCAGCAGCUCCACCAGCAGCAGGUGUCCUCGGACGAGAACCUGCCAUCCCAGCCCAGCCAGGACUCACAGAGGGUGAAGCUGAAGCGAUCCCGAACUGCCUUCACCAGCGUCCAGCUGGUGGAGCUGGAGAACGAGUUCAAGAGCAACAUGUAUCUGUACAGGACGCGCAGGAUUGAGAUCGCCCAGCGGCUGUCCUUGUGCGAGCGCCAGGUGAAGAUCUGGUUCCAGAACCGCCGCAUGAAGUUCAAGAAGGACAUCCAGGGACACCGCGAGUCCAAGGCCAGUGCCAAGUUGGCUCAGCCCCAGGCGGAGCAGAGUGCCCAUCGCGGCAUUGUGCAGCGCCUGAUGUCCUACUCCCAGGAUCCCAGGGAGGCCUCCGCGGCAGCAGAGAAGCGUCCUGUGGUGGCGGUAGCUCCGGUGACCGCCCAGCCGGACUUUGGCCAAGUGAAGGUCAAGACCGAAGUCACUGCCAACAGUACGAUCAACAACAGCAUGUGCUCCAGCUCCGAUCUCAGCGAGAUCUUGGAGCACCUGGCUCAAACGACGGCUGCUCCAGCCACCAGCAUUGCCACUCCAGGAGCCUCGGCCAACUCGGGUUCAAGCUCCUCGUCGGGGCACUACUCCUACAAUGUGGAUUUGGUUCUUCAGAGCAUCAAGCAGGAUCUGGAGGCGGCUGCCCAGGCCUGGUCCAAGUCCAAGUCGGCACCGCUCCUGGCCUCUCAGUCCUGGCAUCCGGCCUCCCACAAUCAGAUCCCCACCAGCGUGCACUCGGCUCCUUCCAUGAAUCUCUCGUGGGGCGAGCCUGCUGCCAAGUCCAGAAAGCUGAGCAUUACCCACAUAAACCCCUGCGUCACCAGCUUCAAUUAUCCCAAUUAA